AUGCUUACCUGUCCGGGAGGCGAGUACGCUGCCACUAUGAGGCAGAUACAAGAAAAGAUCCACCUCAACGAACUGGGGAUCACCGGGCCAUUGAAGUCCGACACGGCCCAGACGGGGGCCAUACUCAUAGAGCUUUCGGGCCCGGACAAGAAGGAAAAAGCGGACAGGUUGGCCAAUAAAAUGGCUGACCUGUUUGCUGACAGGCCAGAGAUCCGGAUCGCACGCCCCCAGAAAAUGGGGGAGAUCCGGAUCAGCGGGAAGGACCCUUCCACCACAUCUGACGAUAUUGCUCGGGCUGUGGUGCAACAGGGAGGAUGCUCCCUCACCGACAUCAAGGUGGGGGACAUCCGAGAAAUGGGCAGGGGCCAAAGGACUGCUUGGGUCCAAUGCCCCCUGGAGGCGGCCACUAAGGUGGCACAAACGGGCCACCUGAAAAUAAGGUGGUUCACGCAUAAGGUGGAACUGCUCAGCGUGCGUCCCCUUCAGUGCUACAAAUGCCUGGAGAAGGGGCACGUACAGGCCAAGUGUCCCUCGGGCAGCGUGGACCGCAGCAACUGUUGCUACCGCUGCGGUACCGAGGGGCACGAGGCACGGACGUGCACAGCACCGGUGCACUGCACCCUGUGCCACGCUGUUGGUCGCCCGGCCUCCCACCGAAUGAUGGGCCAGGCGUGCAAGGCCCCGAAGAACGGGGGCAAAAGGACGAAGGGGGGGGGGCUGCCCAAGCACCCCCAAAAAGGGGAGAAAAAGAAGGAGCAGGCAGCGGCGAUUUUGCCUGCCCUGGAGGGGCCCUGUCCCCCCCAGGCAAUGGAAUGCGAGCCAACACCCUCGCAGUGUCCCGCACUUGAGGACACGAUGGAGAUCAGCCUGCAGGAGUGA